GUCGUCAACCGUGAUAGAUAAUUCCACUACAGCCAAUUGGGAUAAAUCCUGUUUACCAGAUACUAUACAAACAUUCGAUGAAUAUAAAAGUCUAUAUGCAUUAUCAAUUAAUGAUCCAAAUCAUUUCUGGAAAAUGGCUGCUGAACGUUUAGAUUGGUAUCAAGUUCCAACUAAAAUAAAAAAUACGGAAUUUGAUUGUCGUUCAUCACGUGGUGUCGAAAUCAAAUGGUAUGAAGAUGGUAUAAUAAAUGUUUGCUAUAAUUGUCUUGAUAGACAUAUUGAAAAAGACCCUAAAGCAGCUAAAGAAGUUGCAAUUAUAUUUGAACCAGAUACUCUAACAGAAGUACGACAUCAUAUAACCUAUGCUGAACUUUUACGUGCAGUAAAAAAGUUUGCAAAUGUUUUAAAAAAACAUGGAAUAAAAAAAGGUGAUGUGGUAACAAUUUAUAUGCCAAUGGUUGUUGAAACCUGUAUAGCAUUAUUAGCUUGUGCACGUAUUGGUGCCAUACAUUCCGUUGUAUUUGGUGGUUUUAGUUCAAAUAGUGUUGCUGAACGUAUAUCCGAUUGUCAAUCGAUAGCAGUUAUAACAAGUGAUUUUGGUGUACGUGGUGGAAAAUGUACACCAUUAAAAAGUAAAAUUGAUCAAGCUUUAACAAUGGAACAAUGCAAAACAGUAAAAACUGUUCUUGUCUUCCGACGAAAUCAAGGUAUACUUCCAUUACAAGAUGAUUGCGUAGAACAACGUAAUUCACUUCAAUGGACCGAUGGAACAGAUUUUUGGGUACAUGAAGAAUUAGAAAAAGUCGAUGAUAAUUGUGAACCUGAACCAAUGAAUGCUGAAGAUCCAUUAUUUAUUCUUUAUACAAGUGGUUCAACAGGUAAACCUAAAGGAAUUUUACAUACAACUGGUGGUUAUUUAACAUAUGCAAGUUUAACAUUUAAAUAUACAUUUGCUUAUCAACCAGGCGAAAUAUAUAUGUGUACUGCUGAUGUUGGUUGGAUUACAGGUCAUUCAUAUGUUCUCUAUGGACCAUUAUCUAAUCGAGCAACAACUGUUGUUUUUGAAGGUAUUCCAACUUAUCCGGAUGUUUCACGUUUUUGGAAUAUUAUCGAUAAACAUCAAAUAAAUAUAUUCUAUACUGCACCAACAGCUAUUCGUUCAUUGAUGGGACAUGAUGAUUCAUUUGUUACACGAACAAGUCGUAAAUCAUUGCGACUUUUAGGUACAGUUGGUGAACCAAUUAAUCCUGAAGCAUGGAGAUGGUAUUAUACAGUUGUUGGUAAUAGUCAAUGUUCUAUUGUUGAUACAUGGUGGCAGACUGAAACAGGUGGUUUUAUGAUAACACCUCUUCCAAAUGUUUGGCCACUUGAACCCGGUUCAGCAACACUUCCAUUUUUUGGUAUUCAAACUCAAUUGCUCAGCAAAGAUACAAAACAACCAAUGCAACCACCAGCUGAAGGUGCAUUAUGUAUACGAGAUUCAUGGCCCGGUCAAGCACGUAGUCUCUAUCGUAAUCAUAAACGUUUUGUUGAGGUUUAUUUUGAACCAUAUCCUGGUUAUUAUUUUUCUGGUGAUGGAUGUGAAAUCAAAGAAAAUGGUUAUCAUUGGAUUACUGGUCGAGUGGAUGAUGUCUUGGUGAUAUCUGGACAUAAUAUUGGUACAGCUGAAGUAGAAUCGGCUCUUGUUCAGCAUCAUGAUGUGGCUGAAGCAGCUGUUGUUGGUUAUCCUGAUGUAAUAAAAACUCAAGGAAUGUAUUGCUUUGUUACAUUAAAAGAUAAUGUUGCAGAAUCCGAUGCAUUAAAAAGAGAACUUAUUAAAACUGUUCGUGAUAGAAUUGGUGCACAUGUAUUCCCUGACAUAAUACAUUUUGCACCUAAUUUACCUAAAACUCGUAGUGGUAAAAUAAUGCGACGUAUUUUACGUAAAAUUGUUGAACCUGAUAUACUCAAUCUCGGUGAUACAUCAACAUUAAAUGAUCCAAGUGUUGUUCAAGAAUUAAUAGAAAAAUCUCCACGAACAAGAAGAACCUAG